AUGACUUCGAGGUACUGGGUGGUGUCUCUACCAGUGAAGGACUCUGCUUCUUCGUUGUGGAAUCGUUUACAAGAGCAGAUCUCCAAGCAUUCCUUUGAUACUCCAGUCUAUCGGUUCAACAUUCCUAAUCUUCGCGUUGGAACCUUAGAUUCUCUACUCGCCCUCGGCGAUGAUCUGCUAAAGUCAAACAGCUUUGUGGAAGGAGUUUCGCAAAAGAUCAGGAGACAGAUCGAAGAACUAGAGAGGAUUUCUGGUGUGGAGAGCAACGCCCUUACAGUUGAUGGAGUUCCUGUUGAUUCUUAUCUUACCAGGUUUGUCUGGGAUGAAGCUAAGUAUCCAACAAUGUCACCUCUGAAGGAGGUUGUGGACAGUAUUCAGUCUCAGGUUGCUAAGAUUGAGGAUGAUCUCAAGGUUCGUGUCGCUGAAUAUAGCAAUAUCCGCGGUCAACUCAAUGCCAUUAACCGAAAGCAAAGUGGAAGCUUAGCUGUUCGUGACCUCUCAAACUUGGUUAAGCCUGAAGAUAUUGUCGCGUCAGAACAUCUCGUGACUCUCCUUGCUGUUGUUCCAAAGUAUUCCCAAAAAGACUGGCUAGCAUGUUAUGAGACAUUGACCGAUUAUGUGGUUCCUAGGUCCUCGAAGAAAUUGUUUGAGGAUAAUGAGUAUGCUCUUUACACCGUCACUCUCUUUACCCGUGUUGCAGACAACUUCAGGACAAGUGCCCGUGAGAAAGGGUUCCAAGUUCGUGAUUUUGAACACAGCGUCGAAGCACAAGAGACUCGUAAACAAGAGCUAGAAAAGUUGGUUCAGGAUCAGGAAAGCUUGAGAAGCUCUCUUUUGCAGUGGUGCUACACCAGUUACGGAGAGGUUUUCAGCUCAUGGAUGCAUUUCUGUGCUGUGCGUAUAUUCGCUGAGAGCAUAAUGAGAUAUGGUUUACCUCCGGCAUUUUUGGCAUGUGUCUUAUCUCCGGCUGUAAAAAGUGAGAAGAAAGUACGCUCCAUUCUUGAACGCUUGUGUGAUUCUACCAACAGUUUAUACUGGAAAAGCGAGGAGGAUGCAGGAGCUGGAGGAGCCAUGGCAGGUUUAGCCGGUGACUCCGAGACACAUCCUUAUGUCUCCUUCACGAUCAACCUUGCUUAA